UCAACUGCAAACAGUCAAUAAACUAUAUUACAUGGCACGGGUCAUUUGGGACCAGUUCACCCAGUUGAUGCCAAUGGAAGCAGACGGGAUGGCGCUUGGAUGGGUGAUACUGACGCUCAGCCUCUAUUUUGGACUGUCUGCUGCAUCCAGCGUCCCAGUUCAGACGGUGACAACACAGCCAGUAUUUACAGAAGUGAGCGCCUCCCACGAUGACCAGUACUGCAGCACAUGGGGAAACUAUCAUUUCAGGACUUUUGAUGGAGAAUUCUUCCAGCUUCGCUCCAAUUGCAACUAUCUCCUUGCAUCCAACUGCAAGGGCAGCUAUGAAGACUUUAACAUCCAGUUGCAACGGCAAGAAAUGGGCUUGGCCGUUCCUCUCAAGCGUGUCACUAUGAGACUGGAGGGAGCGGUAGUGGAAUUGUCAAACUCCUCCAUCCUGGUCAAUGAUGGAAUUGUGACGCUGCCUUUCAGUCAGGCAGGCCUCUCUAUUGUAAAAACAUUCUCCUACGUUAAGUUUGAGGCAGCAAGUGGUGUGGUUGUCAUGUGGAAUGAAGAAGACACGGUUUGGGUUGAGUUGGAUGCAAAGUACAAGAAUCAGACUUGUGGUUUGUGCGGUGACUUCAAUGGUGAUCACACUGAUGGGCCACCUGAGGAAUUAGACGAGGCCUGGAAAACCAACGGUCCAACUGACAACUGUAACGAAAUCUUGCCGCCUUUCCCUCAAACCUGCUCAAUAAGUCAGAGAGCCGAAUGUGAGACUUUCGUGUCUGGGGCUGCUUUCCUCAGCUGUCUUGACCGAAUCAACAGUGCGGCCUUCGUAGAAGCUUGUGUGAGGGACUUGUGCUCCUGUAAAAGCAACUCCACAUCUUGCUUAUGUUCAACCAUCGCAGAGUACUCGCGCCAGUGCGCACACGCGGGCGGAGCGCCGCAGGAAUGGAAUGCACAUUUGUGCGUGAAAAAAAUGUGCCCGGUUAACAUGGAGUACAAACAAUGUGGAAGCCCUUGCACGGACACCUGCAGUGACCCACAGAGGAGCCAAGUGUGUGAGGAACACUGCGUAGAUGGAUGCUUCUGCCCAGCUGGGACCGUCUUGGAUGACAUUGGUGAUCGUGGCUGCUUACCUGUGGACCAGUGCUCUUGUAUGCACAACGGCACGCCUUACAAACCUGGCGAAUCCUACUCUCGGGCCUGUCAGACAUGCACGUGUACUCAGGGCGAGUGGAGGUGCCAUGACACCGACUGUCCUGGUGUCUGCUCUGUAUUGGGUGGCUCACACAUCUCCACUUAUGAUGAUAAGACAUACACUUUCCAUGGAGACUGCUCUUACGUUCUCACAAAGGAGACGAAUGGCACUUUCAUUGUCCUGGGUGACCUUGUCAAGUGUGAAAAAUCCGAUAAAUCAACUUGCCUGACUGCAGUCACUCUAUUGCUGCCAAAAUCCACGAUGAUGAUUGCUGUUGACUCGAGUGGUCAAGUUUUCGUCAACAAACUCACCUCUCGUCUGCCUUUCUUCACCGAUGAUGUCACAAUUUUCAGCCCAUCCACUUUUUACGUUGUGAUCCACACUGUCUACGGGCUUCACCUCGAGGUUCAGCUCACGCCCAUCAUGCAGGUUUAUAUCAAAGUCAGUCUUCCCCAUAAAGGAAAACUCCUUGGUCUUUGUGGGGAUUUUAACGACGUUGAAUGCAAUGACUUCCAAACCAGAAGUGGGAUGAUCGAAGGGACGGCUGCCGCAUUUGCCAACUCGUGGAAGACGAAAGGAGGCUGUCCAGAAGUCAACAAUACACUUGGUGACCCGUGUCUUUUGAGUGUAGAUAAGGAAAAAUAUGCUCACCACUGGUGCUCCAUACUCAUCGACACAACAGGGGUGUUUUCCAAGUGCCAUUCCGAGAUUAACCCAGAGGACUAUCUCACUUCGUGUAUAUAUGACACGUGUGCUGGCGAAAACAGUUUGGACUCCGUAUGUGCUGCUAUAUCUUCCUACGUUCACGCGUGCGCCGCCGCCGGCAUCUCCUUGACAGGAUGGCGGGAGGUUGUGUGUGGGAAAUACACAUCAAACUGCCCUUCAACUUUGGUGUUCGACUACCACAUGACAAGUUGUGGUCGCACGUGCCGCUCUCUGGGUCAGCCAGACUUAACCUGCGAUGUCGAUUUGACCCCGGUGGACGGCUGCGGCUGCGCUCAGGGAACUUACCUCAACGAGAGAGGCGAGUGUGUGCCGGAUUUCCAGUGCUCCUGCCAUGUAGGAGACACGGUGAUACGGCCUAAGCAGAUCAUCAGGGUUCAUGGACAAAGUUGCAUCUGCCAUGGUGGAAAACUCACCUGUUCGGGAAACCUUCUAACUGAAUCAUGCAGUGCUCCAAUGACUUUCUUCAACUGCUCAAGUGCAAAGCCUGGCGACACGGGGCCAGAGUGCCAGAGAACUUGUCAGACGCUGGACACAGAAUGUGUUAGCACGCAUUGCGUCUCGGGCUGCAUGUGUCCUGCUGGCCUGUUAGCCGACGGUAAAGGAGGUUGUAUUGAGGAGACGCAUUGUCCCUGCACUUAUAACGGACAAUCCUACAAACCUGGAGAGACUGUUAAAGUGGACUGCAACACCUGCACAUGUAAGAGCCAGCAGUGGGAAUGCACCCAUCGGCAGUGUGAUGGAACCUGUACGAUAUAUGGAGAAGGCCAUUACAUCACCUAUGACGACAAGAAAUUCUCCUUUAAUGGGGACUGUGGUUAUGUCUUUACUCAGAAUUACUGUGGGGACAACAAGAAUGGCACCUUCAGGGUCCUGACCGAGAACAUUCCGUGUGGACCAAGUGAAAGCACCUGCUCUACUGCUAUCAAGCUCUACUUAGGGAACAUUGAAAUUGUCCUUAAAGAGGGAACGGUCAUCAAACAAAAAACAGGGUUAGAAAUACCUUAUAAAGUCCAUACCAUUGGAUUAUAUCUUGUCAUUGAGGCGAAGAAUGGUCUUGUUCUCAUCUGGAAUAAGAAGACAACCCUCAUGAUCAAACUGAGUUCCACAUUUAAGGGUAAAGUUUGUGGUCUGUGUGGGAAUUACGACGGAAACAUCAAGAAUGACUUUACCACCCGAAACAAAGAGGUGGUGGUAGACGCCUUUCAAUUCGGAAACAGCUGGAAAGUGUCACAGAGCUGUGCCAACACAAAUGCACUUAAAAGUCCCUGCACACUGUAUUCGCACAGACAAGCGUGGGCACUAAAACGCUGCAGCAUUAUCAAUAGUGCGGUGUUUGGUAUCUGCCAUUCAAAGGUGGAUCCCCAGUACUAUUAUAAUGCCUGUGUAAGAGACACGUGUGCCUGUAAUAGUGGAGGAGAUUGUGAAUGCUUCUGCUCUGCUGUAGCGGCCUAUGCAGCCGCCUGUAAUAAGGCUGGAGCUUGUAUCAAAUGGAGAACUCCGUCUGUUUGUCCUCUAUUCUGUGAUUACUACAAUCCUGACGGUGAGUGUGAAUGGCACUAUGAACCUUGUGGAAAACCUUGCAUGAAGACUUGCAGGAAUCCCUCUGGAAAGUGCUAUACCCAUAUUCCAGCUUUGGAAGGCUGCUAUCCAAGGUGUGCACCUGAUCAACCGUAUUUGGAAGAGGUAACAAUGAAGUGUGUGUCACUGGAGCAAUGUGGGUGCUACGAUGAUGAAGGAAAGCAUUAUGCAGAAAGAGAGAGAAUGCCUCAGAUAGAAAACUGUCAGAAAUGUCAAUGUUCUUCAUCGGAGAGGCAGUGCACCUACAGUGUUGAAGAUUGCACUUGUUCUUAUAAUGGGGAAAUAUACAAUUAUGGAGAUGUAGUAUACGAUACUCAUGAUGGAGACGGCACCUGUAUUACUGCCAUUUGUGGAGAACACGGAAAUAUUACAAGAGAAGUAAAAGUCUGCGGUUCCUCAACCACUCUGAUGCCAACAACAACAGAAUUUGUGUUUGUGACAACAGAAAGACCAACCUCUACAAAGGGCCAAACUACCACAGAGAAACCAACCACAACAACACUCCAAACCACCACAUUCACAAAAGGACCCACUACAAUUACAACAACAACAUCACUUAAGCCAUCCAUACCUACAACUCGCCAACCAUCAACACCAUCCGACUGUUUUGUUUGUCACUGGUCACAUUGGAUCAACAAUCAUUACCCUGCUCCUGUCCCCAGUGGUGGAGAUUAUGAAUCUAUAGCAAGAGUGAAUUAUCCAAGUCUGAAUGACUGCAAUCAACCACUUGAAAUUGAAUGCAGAGCAAAAGCAUUUCCUGAUGUACCUUUGGAUCAACUCGGUCAAAAAGUAACAUGCAACCCAACCGAUGGACUGAAAUGUCAGAACAAGGAACAAGGCAUACCUCCAAUUUGUUAUGACUAUGAGAUUAGAGUCAAAUGCUGCAUCAACCAUUGUGUUACUCCAACUAAAGCUACAACUACAAGGGGCACAGCAAGUGCAGGAACAACAGAAAAGCCCACCGCAACGACAACCGCAACCACAGAAAAGCCCACAACUAUGGCCAAAAUCACCAUCUCACCCACAGUAGAACCCACUACAAUUACUGCAGAACCCACCACGAUGACAACAACCACACAAAAGCCAUCCACACCAACAACCACUCCAACAAAGGCAACCACACUUACGACUGAACAGAUUAAAACCACCACUACCACAGAAAAACCCACCACCACAUUUACGCAAGAGGCCAGCACUACUGUUGCUGUAACAACACAAAAAUCCACAACUGUGACUGCUAUAACCAUCACAGCCACACAAUUACCCACCGCAGCUACAGAAAGACCAAUCACCGUUACAGAAUCUCCAAGCACAGCAACAGAGAUCCAAACCACAACAAUCGCAGUUACAGAAAAACCCAGUACAGCAUCAACGGAGAAGAUAAGCACAAUUGUUCCAACAACGGAAAACUCCACAACAACUACAGAAAGACCAAUUACUGCAACAACCAUGGUACAAAAACCGACAACCACAGUUUCACAAACUGCUGGCAUUACCACCACGACAUCCAAAUUUACAGAAAAAGUAACCGGAACAAUGACAGAGCAACCAAGCUCAACUGCCAAAACUACAGAAAAACUGACCACGGAAGUGACAGAAAAGCCUACCACCAUAACAACUGCAACGGUACCCACAACAAAGCCACCCAGAACAACAACAGAAGGUCCCACAACCAUUUCAGUCACAUCAACUGGAAAACCAAUGACCACAACAACCCCUGAAGUAGUCACAAAUACAAUUGUUCCAACCGCUCCAUCAACAGCACCCUUGAUAACAAUUACUACAGAGUCCCAGACUACAAUGACAGAAAAACCCACCACAGCAACCCUCCAUCCAACAACAUUUACAGAAGAACCCACCACUAUCAAAACCACUACACAAAAAACAUCCAAACCAACAACUACUCCCACAACAGUUACAACCGAAAAGGCCCAAACCACCACAACCACAGAAAAAACACCAUCAACACCAGCUGACUGUUUUGUUUGUCACUGGUCAGAUUGGAUCAACAAUCAUUACCCGGAUCCUUCCCUCAGUGGUGGAGAUUAUGAAUAUAUUGCAAACACAACUGAUCCAAGUCUGAAUGACUGCAAAAAAACACUUGAAAUAGAAUGCAGAGCAAAAGCAUUUCCUGACGUACCUUUGGAUCAGCUUGGUCAAAAAGUAAUAUGCAACCCAACCGAUGGACUUAUUUGCCACAACAAAGAACAAGGCAUACCUCCUAUUUGUUAUGACUAUGAGAUUAGAGUCAAAUGCUGCAUCAACCAUUGUGUUACUCCAACCAAAGCUACAACUACAAGGGCCACAACAAAUGCAGUAACAACAGAAAAGCCCACCCCUACAACAGCCACAACCACAGAAAAGCCCACAACUAUGGCCAAAACCACCAUCUCACCCACAGUACAACCCACCAUAAUGACAGCAGAACCCACCACGAUGACAACCACCACACAAAAGCCAUCCACACCAACAACUAGUCCAACAAAGGCAACAACACUUACUACUGAACAGAUUCAGACCAACACCACAGUAACGCAAGAGGCCAGCACUACUGUUGCUGUAACAACACAAAACCUCACAACUGUGGCUGCUACAACCAUCAAAGCAACACAACUACCCACCACAUCUACAGAAAGACCAACAACUUUUACAGAAUCUCCAAGCACAGCAACAGAGAUCCAAACCACAACAAUCGCAGAUACAGAAAAAACCAGCACAGCAUCAACGGAGAAGAUAAGCACAAUUGUUCCAACAAUGGAAAAACCCACAACUACCACAGAAAACCCCACAACUACAGAAAGACCAACUACUGCAACAACCAUAGUACAAAAACCCACAACCACAGUUUCACUAACUGCUGAAAUAACCACCACAACUUCCAAAGUUACAGAAAAAGUAACCGGAACGAUGACACAACAACCUAGCUCACCUGUCAAAACCACAGAAAAACUGACCACAGAAGCUACAGAAAAGCCUACCACCAUAACAACUGAAAGGAUACCCACAACAAAACCAAGAACAACAGAAGGCCACACAACAACUGCAGUCACAUCAACGUCAGAAAAACCCACCACAGCUACAGAAAACCUCCCCACCACAGUGACGCAAAAGGCCAGCACUACUGUUUACGUAACAACAGAAAAGACCACAGUGAGAAGUACGGCCAUCACAGCUACAGAAGAACCCACAACAGUCACAGAAAGACCAACCACAGUUACAGAAUCCGAAACUACAACAACCGCAGUUACAGAAAAACCCAGCACAGCAUCCACGGAGAAGAUAAGCACAAUUGUUCCAACAACGGAAAAACCCACAACUACCACAGAAAACCCCACAACAUCUACAGAAAGACCAACUACUGCAACAACCGUGGUACAGAAACCCACAACCAUAGUUUCACAAACUGCUGGCAUUACCACCACAACAUCCAAAGUUACAGAAAAAGUAACCGGAACAACAACACAACAACCGAGCUCAACUGCCCAAACCACAGAAAAAUGGACCAUGGAAGCUACAGAAAAGCCUACCACCAUCACAACUGAAAUGGUACCCACAACAAAACCACCAAGGACAACAACACAAAGUCCCACAACAACUGCAGUCACAUCAACUGGAAAACCAAUGACCACAACAACCCCUGAAGUAGUCACAAAUACAAUUGUUCCCACCGCUCCAUCAACAGCACCCUUGGUUACUUCCAAUAUCACCACCAUCCCCACAAAGCCUACCGCAGCGCCAACAGAAAAACCUUCAACAACAUUGUCAACAACUCCGACAACACCCGGCGGCACCACCCAGUGCUUCUGCAAAUACCUUGAUCAAAUUUUUACUCCUGGGACUACCAUUUACAACAAGACAGAUGGAGCAGGUUGGUGUUUCGUUGCAUAUUGCAAUGAGACUUGCAAUGUUGAGAAGUUUGCAGGACCGUGUCAGCCAACUACUCCACCAAGUCCCACCACCGCUUAUACAACCGCCAUAACGACCAAAGUUGUCACAACCGCCAGUACCAUCGGCGUAUCUACUGAAGCGCCCCACAAAGACUGCGAUUUUCUCAUCCCACCAAGAAAGCAUGGCGAGUCUUGGAUUUCAAGCAACUGUACCUUUUCGAGAUGCGAUGAUGGAAAAGUUCUGACAGAACAUAAGCCAUGCGAACCAAUAACCUUGCCUGUGUGUGAAAAUGGCCAACCACCAGUGAGGGUUUAUGAUGAAGAUGGUUGCUGCUUCCAUUACGAAUGCACCUGUAUUUGCAGUGGCUGGGGAGAUCCACACUAUGUGACAUUUGAUGGUCAAUACUACAGCUUUCAGAAAAACUGCACCUAUGUCCUGUUUAAAGAGAUUAUUCCUCGUCACAAUUUUACCGUCCUUAUUGACAAUGAAAACUGCGACGCCACCGGUGAAGUCACCUGUGCGAACAGCUUGAUUGUGUAUUACAAAAGCUAUGAAGUCAUUCUCACACAGGAGAGGGGCGCAAAUACAAUCAACACGGUCUACGUCAAUGGCAAGAAAGUCAUUCCAACGUACUCCAACGAAGACUUCAUCAUCACGAGCACUGCAAUCGAGCUGCUCCUGAGAAUCCCGGCGAUCGAAGCCAUUGUGACGUUCAAGGGACUUUUAUUCAGCGUUGACGUACCGUUUUCCCGUUUCCACAACAACACGGAGGGACAGUGCGGUACAUGUGACAAUAAUAGAAAGAAUGACUGCAGAUUACCCAGCGGGCAGAUUCAUUCCUCUUGCGCCGAUAUGGCUCAUGAGUGGUAUGUACCAGAUAAGAACAAACCAUACUGCGAGAAGCCACCUCCACCACCAACACCCAAUCCAACGCCAACGCAACCUACUUGUAACCCCGAAAUUUGUGAAAUUAUAAUCAGCAGUGUGUUUGAGGAAUGCCACAAAGUCAUCUCGCCAGAGGACUAUUAUGAGGCCUGUAAAUUUGAUGUGUGCCACAUGCCAAACUCCAGUGUGGGAUGCUCCAGUUUGGAGGCGUACGCCAUGAUGUGUACUGCUGCGUCGGUCUGUAUAGACUGGAGGAAUGCCACGCAGGGGCAGUGCGAAUAUAAAUGUCCUGCACAUAAAGUCUACAAACCAUGCGGGCCAAUUGUGGAACCAACUUGCAAUGAAAGAUACAAUAAAAAGUAUACACAGCAAUGCCAGGGAGAAAACUACUACCAGAGGUCUGACUGCAAUAUGUUUGUGGAGGGAUGUUUCUGCCCACCUGGCACCAUCUUAUUCGGUUCAAGCUCCGACAUCUGUGUCAUCGCCUGUUGCACUGGACCUGAUGGCGAACCGAAAGAGAUUGGUGACACCUGGCUGAGUGGCUGCCAACAGUGUGUCUGUGAUGCGGAGACGCUGAGCGUGCGGUGUGAACCUCGCUUUUGUCCCACUCAAGCACCCAUAACUUGUAAGGAAGGCGAGGUGUUGAUGAACCAAACGGUGGAUUGCUGCCAAACCCUGACAUGUGUUGCCCUUUCUUCCAAAUGUAAAAUAAACACAAAUGCCACCUACUUGCACGUAAAUAACUGCAAGUCAGUCGCGCCAGUGGAAAUGACAACCUGCGAGGGAUCCUGCGGCGCGUCAACGUCAAUGUACUCUGCGGUGAGCAACAGCCUGACGCACUCUUGCUCAUGUUGUCAAGAAACGGCCACCAGCAAGAAGGAAGUGGAGAUGAUUUGUGCUGAUGGCAGCAAGAUGAAACACUCCUACAUCUCGAUUGAAAAGUGUGACUGUCAACUCACACAUUGUACACAAAACACAACCCAUCAAUUUGGACAUUUUUAAUGGCUGUAUCAUAUGCAAGGAGGCCAGUCACGGUUCAAUAAAAUCAUUAAUUCUGCUUCAAAAAAACAAUUUGGCAAUCAAAGCUCUAUACUGUAUGUCAUGACCGCUUGUAUAAGAUCGAAGUCAAACAGAAUGUUUAUUUCACUGUAAACUAUACAUUCAAACCUAUGGAAAUGGCUCAGAACCAUUAGAGCCUAAAUAAACGAAGGAUUCAUAUUUAUUUAAGAAUAUUUGUAGCAUGUUUGGAAACUACACUAAGGUACCAUCAUUCAGGUUUAGCAAAUAUACUGUACUUCUAGCUGUUGAGUGUAAGUUGUUUGAUUUGGUUCUAUUUCAAAGUCUUCAUCUGUUUGUGUUUUGGGUAGGAAGAGUCUCUGUUCCUUUAUACUGUAAAUUUGGGGAUUUACUCAUGAAAUGGGGAAACAUGCAGUCAGACUGUGUCCAUUGUGCAAUGUAUUUUGCUGAGCAUUGACAAGAAGAAUGUAUUUGUGUUACUAAUGCGUUAAGACACUUUUCAAUUAACAUGAAUGUCAAUAUAAAUUGAUGGAAUAAUACAUCCCACUGCUAUGUACAUUUCUUCUCUAUCAUGCAUACACUGUUUUUUGCAGAACAGAACCACUGAUAUUGUUCGACUUUGGCAUUCUCAAAAACUCUUAAUUCCAAUAAACACUUUAUUAUUGCAGCA